AUGAGGAUUGAAACCUGCCACCUCUGUUCCCGGCCGGUCUAUCCGUCCAAGGGCAUUACGUUUUGUCGUAAUGACGCCCGUGUAUUUCGUUUCUGCCGCUCAAAAUGCCACAAAAACUUCAAGAUGAAGCGACAGCCGCGCAAACUAAAAUGGACUAAGACCCACCGAGCGCUCCGGGGCAAGGAAAUGAUCGUAGAUUCUUCUCUCCUUCUCUCCCAGUUCUCCAAGAAGCGCAACAUCCCUGUGAAGUACGACCGGAAUUUGGUAGCAGCGACCGUCAAGGCGAUGGAACGGGUGGAGGAGAUCCGACAACGGCGCGAGCGUGUGUUUACCAAGCGGCGUUUGGCUGGCAAACUCGCCCGGGAGAAGCAGCGGGCGGAGAAUCGCAGGGUGGUGGCGGAAGGGGAGCAUCUUAUUCGGAAAGAGCUGCAGAUGCUGGAGAAGGGCGUGCCGCUGGAGGCCCAGAAAAGCAAGACCGCUGCUGUGGUGGUCGGCAAGGAGCAGCUGCGGCAGAAGAAGAAGACACGUAUACUGGUGGACGGUGGCACGCAGGAGGAAAUGGAUAUCGACUGA